AUGUUUGUCACUAAGUGGUCUCCAGGUAUCCAGCAAAUCAAACCAAAACUGGAGAUGGUGCCGGUUUGGCUUGAGUUUACAGGAGUACCACUCCAGUUCUUCAACAAGGACGCCCUGAAAGAGAUUGCAAUGGUUGGACACCCACUUUGCUUGCAUCCUGCUACAGAAAACCUUACCAACAUCGAGGUAGCUAAGGUGUAUACUGUCAUUGACCCGAGGAAGCCACUCCCAGAGUUUGUCAAUGCACGAUUUGAGUGUGGAGAUACUAGAAGAAUUGCUGUUACGAGCCCUUGGCUCCCUUCACUCUGCUCUUUCUGCAAAAAGUUUGGACAUACUAUCACAAGAUGUAAGCAUGCUCCUAAAACUUGCCUGACUUGCAACUCAGUGAAGCAUCCUACUGCCUUGUGCCCCCGCACAAAUCACUCAGUUGCUGAUAAGGAGAAACAUGAGAAGGAGGGUAAGAAACGGGAGGGCAAGAAACCUAUAAAAAGCCUUCUCCCUAUUGUUGGACAGCCUGCCGUGACUACUAAUACGGUGGACCCCAAGAAUGCUAAGCUGCCUGCCCCAAAACGCACGGCUGGCACCCAUAAGGAAAAACCAGCUGAUGCUCCCGCCUAUAAGGAGAUUCUGACAAGCUCCCUAUCUCCCUCCAUUGCUGACAUCGUGGCAUCCCCUGGCUCACAAGGUCACUCUGGAAGCUCGGUCUCUGUAUCUCAUGAUCUAUCGAAGGGAAGUUUAUGUGUAGAUCUCUCGGCUGAAGGGUGUUUUGAAGAUCAUCAACAGACUAGCACUGGCUCUUCUGGCUCUUUCUCUGACAUUCUACUCUCUGAAGAGGAUGAUAACUCAUCAAAUGAUGGGGAUGAAUUCAUUGAAUUUUUCUCCAAGAGACACAAGAAGCGGGCAAAAACGAAUGCUAGGGCUAGAGACCCUUUAAUCCUCUAA